CCCGAGGAUUCUGCAGCCGCUGUAAUUUUCAUGAGGUUUUGCCAAGAAGGAAUGGGCUAUUAAAAGAUAUCCUCUUCAUAAUGUCAAAAACAGCAAAUAAUUUUUUAUGGAGUCGAAAAAAUGGCCACUAUUAUGAAAAACUGAAUAAUGGCGAAGCAGAAGAUUUUAAAAACAAGAGCAUGGAAACCAAUGAAAUAAAAAAUUAGAUACCUUCUUGUUUCCGAGCAACAUUACAUCAAUAGCCAUUAUUACUCAUCACUUCCACGGUAUCACAGAGUACUCUGAAGGGAGAAAUAAACGUCAUUGAUUAGUCCCCAUGCAUCCAUCUUCACUUGACCCCUGGUCACACAUAGUGUACCAUCCAUCCCAGUUGGGAGUGAGCCAUGUCGUGGCAACUCAUGGCCAAGCCCAGAACUCACUGAAUUUUCCAGCUCCAGAACUCAUCGGGACAUACUAUAGCACACCUUUCGCUAAGGGACCUAUACCUGUGACACCCAUCACUCAAAAUGUGUGUCACUUGCCCACUUACCAUGAACAGUACACUCCCUCCUAUGCAACGGCGGACACUGCAAUGUACCUGCCAUCAUCCCCAGUACUCUGCAGCUCUGGAGUUCAACCACACCCUCUAGAAUCAUCCUUGGCAGCAAGUCAUCGAUUCAAAGCUAGAUUUGACUUUGCGCGAUUGGCUGAAUCGGCAACAAGUUCUGAUGUACCUUUUCCUGGUGGCAUUGGUGGUCCCCCAAGUGAUCCUUUCGGGACAGUAGUAGCACCAUGGUGUCCUCUGGGAAUGCCGUCCAGGUUCCCAAACACGAGAGCUACAGCAAUACCACCAAAUGGAACAUCAAGGCCCAGGAAGGAGUUCAUAUGCAAGUUCUGCCAGCGAAGAUUCACUAAAUCUUACAAUCUUCUCAUCCACGAAAGAACUCACACAGACGAGAGACCGUAUACUUGUGACAUAUGCCACAAAUCCUUCAGAAGACAAGAUCAUUUGAGAGAUCACAGGUAUAUUCAUUCAAAAGAAAAACCUUUUAAAUGCACUGAUUGCGGAAAAGGAUUCUGCCAAUCAAGAACACUAGCAGUUCACCGAAUUCUACACAUGGAAGAUUCUCCACACAAAUGUGCUACUUGUGGCAGAACCUUCAAUCAACGUAGCAAUUUAAAAACUCAUCUCUUAACUCACACGGAUAUUAAACCUUAUAACUGCUCAUCAUGUGGCAAAGAAUUCAGGAGAAAUUGUGAUCUCCGACGUCACACACUCACGCACGCCUCCAGUGGCGGUUGCGAGAAUAAUAACAGUUCGUCAUUCAGUUGUACACCAAUAGAUGGCACUCCUGCAUCUCCCUCGAGUAUCUGUGAUUCUGGAUUGGAGAGUGGUGAUCAGGAUCCAGGCUUUGAUGAUGAUGAUGAAGACAGUGAUUCAUCAACGUGUGAAAAUGAAAUUGUGGACGUUGAAAAUUAAAUUUAUUGCGACGUGUUUUUCGUGUGAUUUUGCUAUGAAAAGCAAGUUUUGUGAUUUGCAAAAUUCCUGUAACCACAUCAAAUUAUUUAUUUGUCAGUUUUAUGACUAUGCUCAUGAAAGUGGUUUAAAACACACAAAUCCUAGAAGUUUAUUUUAUAUGAAUGUAUAUGACGUUUUAAUUCUUGCUAAUUAUUUUAGUUAAAUGGCUUUCUCAUCUAAUUUAUUACAUGCUAAGGAAACAUGAAUAUUAU